AUGCCUCAUGAUCGAUCUCGCAGAAUAGACAAUAAAAGAGUAUUUGUAGGCAAUUUUGAUGAAAAAGUGGAAUGGAAAGACUUAAAAAGGCACAUGGAAAGUGCAGGCGAAGUCACACGUGUUGAUAUAAUAAAAUCAAAUGACGGGAAAAGCAAGGGAUGUGCAAUAGUUGCCUAUGCAUCUGCAUUGGAAGCUCAGAGAGCUCUCCAACAAUUAGAUAACACAUUAUUUAAUGGAACUAGCAUAAAAGUAAGAGAAGAUCAAGUAGCUAGAAGAUCAAGAUCUCCAAGGAAAAAAAAUCAAAUUUAUAUCAAAAAUUUACCUUAUUUUGUAACCUGGCAGCAGCUAAAAGAGGUUUUUAAUAAUUUUGGAGAAAUUGUGAGGGUAGAUAUCCCAAUUGACACAAAUAAAAGAAGCAAAGGGUAUGGAUUUAUUACGUUUCAGACUGAUGAGCAAGCACAAAGAGCAAUUGAGUCUAUGAACAACGCAGAGUUCAAUGGAAGAAAAAUUAUGGUUAAGCUUGCACAAAGCAAAAACUAA